CUUGCUUUGGACCGCGUUGUCAACGACGCUCGCUCAUUCUCUCGACUCAAGUCAUUGUGCCUUUACCGAUUUGACUCAGCACUCUGCAUCGAUAUUUGGGGAUGUAUGCCGUGAGUCGUCCAGCGAGCGACUUUUCGCCAGGCUCCGGCCCAUCGUCAGACACCACAACUACCAUGAACCCCGAUGACUGGGACCCUACCCCUCGAGCCACAUAUGCCGAUCAACGUACUGACACACUUGCUGUGAGCUACGAUUGGGGCAUAAGUCUUCUAAGACCGUAUUCCAAGAUCAUCGAUCCACGGGCUCGACAUCUCAUCAAGGUCGCCAUUCUACAUUACCACGUCUUUCUAGAAAAAAAUACCAGCGACAUCAAUAAUGUAUCGUUCGGCCACCAAGCGGUAGCUAAUUCACGGAUUUGUCAGGUGAUGAAUGCGCAGGGCACUUCCAGCAAGAAGGAGCACGUCUUUGUCAUCGACCUGGACUCGAGACGUCUUGAUACGCACAAGACAGUGCGCGAGCACCCUUUCGAGGAUGUGAAGGUCUGGCACAUUCAGACCAGAGUGUUUCAGCAAAAUGGCAGUGCGCAUGAAGCCGGGCGAGAGCGUUGGUCGGAUCGAUUGCUCCACGUGCAUCUAGAUGCUACCACGGUAUGGACAAAUCAUUACAACGCUGGUCUGGAGUACAUAGACAUCGGUUCUCUGACUAAAUUUAGCCACGAAGCUUCAGCUAAUCGAAGCGCGGAGGACUCCGCAGUGGGAGAGCCAUAGAAAGGUGUCACCGACGAGCAGGAGACUAUCGAAAAGUGAAUUCAAGUGGCCUUUACGCGACAGUCACAGUGUUGCGCAGCUUGGGCUACCCCCGG